AUGUUCCUGAAUGAGUGGGUGGAUGGUGCACGCCAAGAGGGCUUCCAGCUGGGUGGGGGCGAGCUGCGGAGUGAGGAAUCACGGUGGUUGAUCCGCCUCCCGGCUCUCACUGACUGGGCGGGUGGGGCCAGGGUACGAGAAGGGGUCGAGGAAAGAGGAACCUGGAAAGCAGGCACUCCGCUAAGACUGCGAGAAGGGGCGGGGCUACAAGGCUCUUCGCGGCGGGACUACAAUGGCGGGAAGGGGCGGGGUUACGAGGCGCGCCGGGGGCGGGGACGGGGCCCCGAGCGGCAUCUAGCUGCCCGCGCAUUGGCCGGAGUGGGUGACGGCGCGCCGGCGCCCAGCUUGCGCGCGGCAAGGCGCUGGUGCUGCGGCGGCGGUGGCGGCGGCGGCGGCGGCAGCUACAUGCUCAGCAAGUCGCUCUACCCCGACCGGGUCACGCAGAACGGCGGCGGCGGCGGAGCCGGCUGGGAGGGCGGCGAGGGUCAGUGGCCUGGGCAGCCGAGGGUUACGCAGCCUGUCAGCCAGGGCGCCUACGUGCUUCUGCUCGGCUCCGUGGGACUGCUGGGCGUCGGCAGCAGCCUGCUGGUGCUCGUCCUCUACCUCAAGUUCCCGCGGCUCCGCAGCCCCGCCCGCUUCUUGCUGCUUCACGUCAGCCUCGGCACGCUGCUACCCUCCGUCCUCCGGGCCGCGCUAGCUUUCGCGUUCCGCCCGAGGGGCGGCGUGGUGGGGGGCGCCACGAACUGCGUGUGGGACGGCUUCAGCAACAGCCUGUGGGGUAUUGUUUCCAUUAUCACCCUAACUACACUGGCCUGUGAACAUUAUAUUGGCAUGAUCCAUAACAGAGUGAUCAGUUUUUCCUGGGCCUGGAGGGCCAUUACAUACAUCUGGCUAUACUCACUGGUGUGGUCAGGAACACCUUUUUUGGGCUGGCACAGGCACAUCCUGGAUGUGCAUGUACUAGGCUGCACUGUGGAUUGGAAAUCCAAGGACACCAGUGACUCCUCCUUUAUGCUUUUCUUAUUUCUUGGCUGCAUGGUGGUACCUGUGGGUGUCAUUGCUCAUUGCUAUGGCCAUAUUUUGUAUUCCAUUCAAAAGCUCCGUUUUGUUGAAGAUCUUCAGACAAUUCAAAUGUUCAAGAUUUUAAGAUAUGAAAAGAAACUGGCCAAAAUGUGCUUUUUCAUGAUAUUCACCUUUCUGAUCUUUUGGAUGCCUUAUAUUGUGAUUUUUUUUUUAGUGUUUAAUGGUUAUGGACACCUGUUCACUCCUACAAUAAUAUCUACUGUUUGAUAUCUCUUUGCUAAAUCAAGCACUGCGUAUAAUCCAGUUAUCUAUAUCUUCAUGAACAGAAAGUUUUGAAGAGCCCUUUUGCAGCUCCUGUGUUUCCAAGUGCAGAGAUGACAGUGACCAGUUAAAGACCUACCAGCAGUUGGGAAUGAAAUGCAAAUCCAACUCAUUGUGAUGCCACAGAAAGAUAAGGACAGACCAAAGAAAAAAGUGACUUUUAACUCUUCUUCCAUCAUUUUUAUCAUCACUAAUGAUGAAUCACUAUCAGUUGACGGUGACAGAACCAGUGGGUCAUAGGUCAAUGUAAUCCAAGUUUGUCCUUUAUAG